AUGAGCAGUUCCUUCUCCGUGCCGCCGCCGCCUCCCGUGCACCUUGUCAGCAAGCCCUCGGAUACGACAGCGACAACGACGACAACAACGACGACGACGACGAGCACCGAUCAAACAAGCCCAACAAAAUCAUCCUCGCCAUCAUCAUCGUGCGCCCAGAUUAGCCCACCCGUGUCCCUCUCGGGUGCGCCUGCCACCGGAUCCCCCUCCGUCUCCAUCUGCUCAGCGUCGUCCAACGACUCCAAGGACAGACCGCCCUCACCAUCGCUGCCCUCCUUCUCACCCCGCAUCGUCUACGGCCCAGACGCAAUCGCCCGCCUGCCCAGCGAGCUUGGCCGGCUGCAUCUCGCGACGCCGCUUAUCGUCUCCAGUCCGUCCUGCAUUAGCCUGGCCCGCCGCAUCCAGGCCCUGAUACCGAACCUCGACUCCCGCAUCCUCGACUCGGCCCUCGUCAACGUGCCCCAAAAGAUUGUUGACGAUGCUGUAGCCCGCAUCACCGAUCGAGACUGUGUCAUUAGCAUCGGAGGAACAUCUGCCAUGGCUCUGGCCAGGACUAUCGGUGGCAGCAAGGAGAUCCCGCACAUCUGCAUCCCCACCACGUACAGCGGCUCCGAGAUGGGCGGCAACUGCUCAAAUGACGCUGCACGCAGGCGUUCCAAGGUCAACAGCCGACGUGGUAGGAGGAGCGACUCUUCUCCUCGUAGGAACAGAAGCGGCAGCACUAGCCAGAGCGACAGCGGGAGCAGCAGGAAGACCGCCGACAUCUACAGCAAGAAUAUGCCGUCCAUCAUCAUCUACGACGAGGAGCUCACCGCCAUGAACACACCGUCUCGCUUCUCUGCACCAACCUGCCGCUCAUUGUCCACCGCUCGGUCCCGUCGUCCGUCGAAUGAUGAUGCGCAGUGGUCUUAUAUUCAACUGCCCGGCGUCUAA